AUGACUAAGACAUGGAAAGUGUUUGGUCUGCACGUACACUUCGCGACUCUUUCCGACUCGUCGACGUCAAAGCCGGCGUCACCUUAUCCAGACGAUCAAUCUUCCUCCAGCGACGAGCUGAAGCCCCUCACCACCGAAAGUGUCGUCAGCCACUCUCACUGCACGGAAGACGCACAGAAGCAAUGCAGAGCCCCGGCAGACCCAACGACGACUGAGACUUUGUCGCCGGCGCCAUCUCAGCCACUGCCCCUCGGGACGUUCGUUGUUCCUUUGCCUACAGUGUGUGGUUCCGGAGUCUCCUCCGCCGUUCUCCCCUCGUCGUCGAUACCUGAAGGAGAGCAAUUUUCCGCACCUCCAGAUAUGUCUGCAGUAUCCCCCAUUGUCGUUCCUGUUCUGAGCGAUCCUACCUUCCGAUGGGACAUCAGCGAACACCCACACAGGGUCUUUGAGAAGGCUGCGUUCGUCUAUGAAGCCGCUACGGAACCUGCGGCGAGUUCGAUUAUUGUCCGCAUCAAAGUUGAGAGCCUCAUUUGGGAUAUUACAGUCGACGGGUCCCCAUUUGUCACUGUCGAGGAAGUGUUGGCGGCAGUUUACCGCUGCAUCAGGGCAUUUGUUACUCCCGCUGAGUACGACAAGUUGGCCGAUAACGAGCUCCUGUUCGAUCAGACGAAUGCAUCGUGUACGGAACGCCACGCCGUGGAUGGAGGACGCGGAGGGGUGCGGAGGAUCGACCUCCUCGACACCCGGAUUUUUGACGGAUUUGCACCGGCUGCUGAUGGGGCAUGGCUGGUGAAGACGCGAGGGGCGCUGUGA